AUGGGAGAAGGCAAAACUCUUCCUACGUAUUUUUGCAGAAACUGCGCGAACCCACUAGCUCUCGGUGAAGAUCUCAUCUCCAAAAAAUUCCUGGGAGCUUCGGGGCCAGCGUUUAUGUUUUCGCACGCGAUGAACGUGGUGGUUGGACCGAAGGUUGAGAGGAAACUGAUAACCGGAUCGUACGUGGUGGCAGAUGUGAUGUGUAGCAAGUGUGGUGAGACGUUGGGUUGGAAGUAUGUUGAGACCUUCGAUCUUAGACAGAGGUAUAAAGAAGGCAUGUUUGUCAUUGAGAAGCUCAAGUUGACCAAGAAAUAUUGA